AUGGAAGGCGAGCUCUGGACGCGCGAAGGGCGCAGUCCAAUGCUACGAGGUUGGCACAAGCGCUACUUUGUGCUGUCUAAGAGAAGUGGGACACUAUGCGAGUAUGUGCUGGACGCGGACACGAAACAAAAGCUCGUGGCUCGUGCGCGUCGCGCGUCGUCUGGGGCGUCGUCCACCUCGUCUGCGUCGUCACCUAAUCGCAACCACAACCGCAGCAGCACAAGCAGCACCAAUGGGAGAACGCUGCGUCGAGAACUGGCUGUUCGUGGCUCAUCUGUCAAGACGUUACCCUUUCCUCUGGUCGGAAAACAGCAUGCGUUUCAAGUGACCCUCGUGUCGCAGAUUACGUCAUCAGCAACAUGGUCCCCCUGUUCGGCAACGGCAACUGCAACAGCAACGGCAACUUGUGUGGCAAUCAAAGUGGUUCUUAGUGCGCGUCAAGCUGACGACAUGCGUCAGUGGAUCACCGCACUCAAAACCGCUGCAAUGAACGUGGUCGUCGGACCUGAUCGACGACCAUCGAGUCCUAUUGGCUGGAAUCAUCGAAACAGCGACGAGACGACAAUCGAACCACCGACACCGAGUGACGUUGUUGAAGUACCGAGGCCCCAACGUGCUGACAUGGCGCUCUUGAGUUCCGUCUACGAGUGGAUCCACGAGGGCUGCGUCAAGACGUCACAGAGCCUCCUGGUCGCUGGUGUCCACGUCCCAAGCGGGUCCUUGCUCGUGAGCGUAAACGGCGUCCUGUUGCGCACAUUACCGCCCAGCGUCGUGCGCAAGUUACUGCUGGAAUCUACCGGUCCAUUACCGGUAUCGCUUCGGUUUUUGCGCGGCCCAGCAAAAACCGGUGUACUCGGUGCAAAGUUGUCGACGGGCCCAUUGACGCAGUUGCAGUCGCUCGCAUCGCGGUAUCGGACCUCAAGUCGCAAGUCCGACUGGAACUGGACCGAGCACGUUGUCCACUUGUCUGGCAACGCACUGACUUGUCAAGUGAAUGUAGCCACUCCUGCUGGCGCAGCCGUCGAGAAGAGCCAGAGCCGGGCUUUGUCGAUGAAACGCAAGUCAAACAAGACGCUGAAGCGCGCGUUCCUGCUCAAUAGUCGCAGUUCCGUCCAGUCUGUACGCGACCGGACCGCCGAGCGCCCGUUUUGCUUCACAGUGACGGUCGACACGCACGCGCUGGUCUUCCGAGCGACGUCCGAGUCGGAUCGACGAGCGUGGAUUGAUGCUGUGCGACGCGCCAUCGCGAUCGCCGAAGGAGUUGAACCGGGAGCAGUUGCAGCAGCUGCACGCGAGUCUUUUGACGUGGAUACACUGCAGCUGCAGAGUGCGAUGAAUAUGCGACACGUGGACGACCAAGUGUUUGCUGAUGUUGAGGGCAGUGACGGUGCCUUUUUUACUACAGACGACGACAAGGACGGGGCAAACGAGGCUGGAGCGAGUGCAGUACCUGCUCCACCGUUGCUGCCGUCGGCGGAAGACUGGACAAGUGCGACCAAGUCGGCGGCGUACUUACCAGGAAGUGAACUCACGGAAAUGCUGCGGAUCCUGCAAUCGAGCGGCCGGUUUAUCGAAGCUCUUCAGUUGAUACAGAAAAACACAAGUUUACGCUCCAAGUACUGGCAGCAGAUUUUCCAGUGGGCGUUGGAUCCUGCGCGUGCACUCGACGAGCAGAAGGAGGGGUUUCAGCAGCUGAUCGGCACAGCGCUUUCCGAAGAAGAUGACUUGCAAGUGCAAAAAGACAUUCCCCGGACUGCAAAGUGGCUGGCUGGUUCGGCUGGUGCACCGAAGCUUGAUGAUGACGAACGUGCCGUCCGGUUGGAAAGCUUGGGACGUGUAUUGCACGCUUUCUUGUCUAGUUGCUCAUUAGAUGUGCGAACUGAUGAAAAUCCGCUGUCGCCUUCGUCUACUAGGUUGUCGACGUCUCCGUGUUUUUACAUGCAAGGGAUGAAUGGGCUCGCCUUCAUCUUGCUGGAAGUAUUAGAGAGCGAUGAGAUUGAAGCUUUUCGAUUCCUUCGUGGUAUUAUAGCUCGGAUCCUACCGCACGUGUUCGGCAUUUGCUGUGACGGUACUGGACGCGACCACUUUGACCUUUUCCGAUCGCUUGUCGAAGUUGGUGACGUGUUGCAAGAAGUGGUUGGUCUACAUCUGCCGUGCUUCCACGCAGCCCUAGAACAAGCGGGAUUGCCCGUGUGUUUAUUGGCAUACAAGUGGUUUCCGACGCUAUUUUCGGACGUGACGUUGACAGCAUCACACUCCCAACUACGCUUCGAUACGCUGAUGUGUUGUUGGGACGUGUGCCUGUUGUUGGGACUCGAAGGCAUGUUCUGCGUAGCGUUGGCGCUGUGCAGCGCCGCUGAAAAUGAUGUUCUCGCAUUAGCCGGAUGUGGCAGUACUGUUAGUAACAGCGCCGAGCUGGUUAGUGCGGCGGUGGGACGGUCGCUGGCGCUCUUGUCGCCUGAAGAUCUGGUCACGAAUGUUUGCGAAGUGCUGGAGCUGUGUAGUCACCCGGUAAUGCUUAAGCUCCGUAACGCGCACCGCCGUCGACUGAAGCUGGGAUACUCUAAAGUAGGCAAUGGUUUUGCUACGUCAAACGCUAGAACUUCACCGGAUCGUAUUGUGAAGAAAAAGCCUUGCGCUGUGCUGCCACCUAUUGUGGUAACCGAUUUGGAUUCUGGCAAGGUAUUUAAGAUCUCGACGUCUGGUCGGAUGUUGCCGUCGACGACAGCUACGCAGAUGAAAUGA